AUGGCAGCUAGCGGGCUAGCUACGAUAGUUGGCGUCUUUGUGACAGUGGCCAUUGUAAUUGGAUCUCUCAUCGUGAAUAUCAUCAUUCUAUCAAAGGUAAACAAUGUGAAGUCAACCGUUUCAAAAAUCAACGAUAACAUGGUGACACCGGAUCUUCCUACAUGUCCACCGAUGCCCACUGACGCUCCACUAUUGCCCACCGGCAAUCCAAAAUAUCAAGAAGCUGCAAGCUAUUUGAUGCAAGGACUUAAUGAGACGUUUGAUCCGUGCGAAGAUUUCUACAGUUUUACAUGUGGUUCAUAUUUCGUUUUACAUCAAAAUGAUCUUGGGAAUGUUUCGAGAGUCGGCACAUAUGAUGAAGGUCAAACAAAGAUCAAUCAAUGGAUUUAUCAACAACUUGAAAAGACGACCAAUUCAUCAUCAACUAUCACUCAGCAGAUCACAUGGAAAGCAGCUCAAACUUGCAACAAAUACUAUAGUGGAAAUCCAAUUGACAAAUCCGCUGACAUGUACAAAGAGAUGAAGGAUUUAUUUGGUGGAAUCCCGUUCGUUGAUGGAGACUCGUGGAAAGCUAUUAGUGAUAUGACAAAGUUUUUUGGAGCAGUGGGGAAAUUGGAGCUCGAGCACGCUUUGGGCACUCUUUUCAGCACAUUGGUUACCGUCGACUAUGUGAACACUGACAAGAAUGGGAUUUUCGUUGGACAGCCAAUUCUCGCAUUGCCUCGAGAAUUCUAUGUGAAACCUCAAUUCCUCUCACAAGUCCUCAAUCGAGUCACUGACGUGAUGCAAACAUUGACCACUUUCUACAAGUCAAUCAAGGGAAAGGCUGUUGAUUUGAGUCAGAUUGCCAGCGACAUUGUCAACUUCGAGAUCUCAAUCGCGAUCGCCUCAUGGCCAGAUGAUCAAAUGAGAAAUUACAAGCAACAGUACAAUCUCUACAAUUAUGCUAAGCUCAGCAGUGCCUUCAAAAGUAUUAGCUUGACCUCUUAUGUGGAUGCUCUUGUUGCAGGGAAUGGACAAACCGAUGCGCAGAAACAAGUGAACUCUCUGAUCAUCACUCAACCUUCAUUCUUCUCAUGGCUUGACUCAGUCUUCGAAGGCGGCUUGAUCAAGCAAGAGACGAUUGUCAACUAUAUUGCUUAUCAAUUUAUUGCUAACAAUCAAGAUUUCCAACCAGCUGACGGUAAAACAGAGCGUGCUUUGCGAUAUCAUGAACGACGUGGACGAGGAUUGAGAAAUAUCGGGGCAACACGAGAAGUCCGAAAAUCGACUGAUCUAAGAGAUAUCUGCGUCGGAAUCAUCACCGAUUUGAUGCCUUAUGGACCUGGCUACUUCUACACAAAGAAUAGAGCUGAUCGAGAGCCAGCUCGCGCUGAUGUCAAAAUUCAGACUGGUUAUGUGAUUGAAUCUUUUCGUGAAAUGGUUGGCACUCUCACGUGGAUGACCAAAGACAGUCAAGCCAAAGCAUAUGAAAAAGCCGACAAAUUGAUUCAAAAUUAUGGUUAUCCCGAGAUGCUCUUUGGUUCUUUUAAAGGAGACGAUGAUGCAAGAGUUGACAAGUACAAUGAGGACUACAAGGGGAUUUUAAACACUGAUGAUUUCUAUGAGAUUAUGAAGAUUCUCUCAAAAGGAAUGGAAGUACGAGAAUUCUUUAAGAUUCUCAACAACGAUUACACAAAAGAUUACUGGCCAACCUCAAGACAUAAUUUCUUGGCUUCUCCAGCUACAGUAAAUGCUUGGUAUCAGCCGGAGCGAAAUUCGAUCACUUUUCCAUUAGCUGUGCUCAGUGAGCCAUACUAUGACCUCACCUUUCCACAAGCUUUUAACUAUGGUGGUCAAGGUGGGACUGGUGGACAUGAGUUGACACAUGGUUACGAUGAUGAAGGUGUACAAUUUGGCCCUACUGGUCAACUCAUUGCCAAUGAUGAUUUCCAUUCGGGAUGGAUGGACGCAAAUUCGACUCAAGGAUUUAUCGACAUGGCACAGUGUGUUGUUUCACAAUUCAAUACACAAUGUUGCCCAGUGAAAACAGGAAAUGUUCACUGUGCAAACGGAGAAACGACUCAAGGGGAGAAUAUUGCUGAUCUUGGAGGUCAACAAGCUGCUUUCAGAGCUUAUCGCAAAUAUGUGGAGAGGAAUUUGAAAGGAGUUGAAGAAGAUCGUUUACCGUAUCCGAUGAAUAAAUACACACCAAAUCAGAUCUUCUGGAUCAGUUAUGGAUACAGUUGGUGCAUGCUACAAAGGCCAGAUAACCUCGUCAGACAGAUCCUCACCAAUCCCCAUGCUCCUGCACAAUGCCGAACGAAUCAAGUGAUGCAAGACAUUCCACAAUUCGCAUCCGAUUUCAAUUGUCGACAAGGACAGAAAAUGUACCCAUCAGAUGAGGAUCGAUGCAAAGUUUGGGUGGGACAA